AAGACAGUUUGUUGUUGCUAUUCAUCUUUUGGUUGGUAGUUGCGUAAACGAGAGUUACCCCUUCGUUUUGGAUCGCUGUUAGAGCACUCUGCAAUAAGAAAGAAUCAAUCCCUAACUGCACGUUUGAUGACGGAAAUCGUUACAACCUCCGUCAUAACGUCGUCUCCGAUUCCUCCGUCACAAACCCUAACCCCUUUUUCUCUCUCUAUCUUAUAAUGGCCACCGAAGACUACUCGCUCCUCGACUCUCCCUCUCACGCGCAGCCCCACAUCCACGCGCCCACGCGCCACCACUUCGCUUCCUCCUCCUCCUCCAGUCCCAGCACUCUCCCCGCCGCCGAAUCUGCCGCCGCUGACUACUACCCUCACACCUCCUUCUCCGACGCCGCCGAGGACUCCUCCGGUCCCUCCAAAUCCGGCUCCGCCGUCCACACCCCCAACUCCAAGCGCGUCUCCGCCGCCGGCAGCCCCUACUUCUACAACAAGAAGCUGAAAUCCUCCGCCAAUCCCGAUCCGGCGACCGACGCGGCUUUCCGCGGAGGCGGUGGCGGCGACUAUCGGAAGGACCGAGAAGAGUGGAGCGACACGGCGAUCGCAUGUCUCUUGGAAGCGUACACGGAGAAGUUCAACCAGCUGAACCGCGGGAACCUCCGCGGCCGCGACUGGGAGGAGGUGGCGAAGGCGGUGGGCGAAAGGUGCGGCGGAGGAGGAGGAGAGGGAAAUCAUCACAAGUCGUACAAGAGUGUGGAACAGUGCAAGAACAAGAUUGAUAAUUUGAAGAAGAGGUAUAAGGUUGAGCUUCAGAGAAUUGGGAGUGGUGGCAGUGGCAUAGCCACUAGUCUUUGGCAUUGGUUUAAGAAGGUUGAAAUUAUUGUUGGAAACUGUGUGACUGUGAAAAAUGUGUCUGAUGAUGACAAGGAGGGUGGUUGCGGUGGUGGUGCUGGUAGUGGUAGCGGUGGUGCUAGUUCUUCUAUAUCUAGGCAAACCAAGAUCAGGUAUGCACCUAGCAUUUCCGCCAUGGCAAACAACCUCAAAACAAAACCAGCCUCAAAUCUAAAAUGGCGUAGAGUUUUGUUUAAAAUUAGCGGCUCUGCAUUGGCUGGAAACUGCCAGAAUAUUGACCCCGAGGUGGCAAUGCAGAUUGCUAGGGAAGUGGCAACAGCUUGCUGCCUUGGGGUGGAGGUGGCCAUUGUUGUUGGUGGUCGUAACUUCUUUUGUGGAGAUGCAUGGGUGUCUGCUACCGGGUUGGAUAGACCUACGGCAUACCAAGUAGGUAUGAUGGCAACGGUUAUGAAUUCUAUUUUGCUUCAAUCUGCUUUGGAGAAGCUGGGUGUUCAGGCACGUGUUCAGAGUGCAUUCUCAAUCCCAGAGGUCGCUGAACCGUAUAACAGGCAGCGUGCCAUUAGACAUCUUGAGAAAGGAAGGGUUGUCAUAUUUGGUGGUGUUGGUGCUGGCACUGGAAAUCCACUUUUUACCACCGAUACAGCUGCAGCUCUCAGAGCUUCUGAGCUUAAUGCCGAUGCAGUUCUGAAAGGUACUAAUGUGAAUGGUGUCUUUGACUGCCAAUCCCGUAAUGAUAAUGUAACCCUUGAUCACAUAUCCUUUAGAGAAAUUGUUUCUAGGGGCAUCACCUCCAUGGAUAUGACGGCACUAGCAUAUUGUGAGGAGAAUGGAAUACCUGUUGUGGUCUUCAACAUGCUUGAGCCGGUGAAUGUUUCGAGAGCAUUAUGUGGAGAUAAAGUUGGCACUUUGAUCGAUCAAACGGGAAGAGUGGAGCAUCAGCUUCCUAGUUAAUCAUGUAUAUUU